UAUGAACAUUCAAUGUUGAACAUUCAUAGACAUUCAUGAACAUGAGCAUUGCAUUGUGACUAAAACUAACUAAGCCUUUGUCCUCGAUCUUGAAUUCGUUCAAUCGAAAACUUCUUAUUAACCAUCUAAAGUACUAGGUAAUAAGUCCAUUUGUUGUUUAGAUUCAAAUAUAAAUUCCCAUUUUCCCCUCGGGUGUAGAUCUCAAAUUCUUCAUCGCUGCAUUCCCCGUCUUAGACAUUUCGAGGAUUCGAGGUAUCUUCAGCAACCAACUCCCACCUUUGUAUUGUUGUGAACACAAUCCCAUAUUGGUAUUUACAUAUUUACAUAUCUACACAUUUUCGUCUUCACGAUGGCAGAUAAUCAAACAGAUCCCGACUUUCGCUCCAUAAUAAAUGCAGCCGCGGCAAAGUGGUAUUCGCAACGCAGCACUUCGCCCGAUCAUACCCAAGCUAGCCAUAAUGACCGGAGCGCUAGUCCUACCCACGCGACUGGAGGCGGAGAGAGAGAAGUCAAUGACCCAGGUAGUCUAAGUGGCCUAACCGCCUGGCAAGGCGUGCUACAAACUUUGCCGGAGGAGUCGAAGGACAUUCUUCUACCUAUUCACCCGCUUGCUCAAGCUCUGUCGGAACAACCAUCCUUACGUCCGGCUGAGUGGAAUCCCUACCGGCAGCAAGGAGGAUUCAAACCCAGAACAGCGAUCGACUACAGUUCUUUGAUGAUUUAUCUAUCAGGCCAGGUCAACCCGAAUCCGUGCAGGAAUUGCCGAUUAAAAAAUGGUCCUUACGCGCAUUGUGUUGUAGCGCCUCCUCCCGUCCUCGGUCUAAGUAGCUUGAAGCACGCUUGUGCUAACUGUACCUAUCAAAAUCAGCAUAAGAAAUGCACAAACCUCCCGAUCGACGAUGAGGAGUUGGUGGCGAAAAGCCGGAUAGCCAGAUCAUCUAUGAAGCUCAAGAAUCCCACUCCGAUGAAACCACCCGGGCGGAGGCCCAAGCUCGUGUCCGAGAAUAACCUCAAUUCCAGAGCGAGGUAUAAGCCGGACUACGGUCAUAUGAUUCGCAAACCCACCGCGCAGAGCAUCUCCGCAGAGGCAUUCGGCGACAAGCUACGUCUAAUUCGUUCGUGGUCGCCUCGGUCGCGGAGGCGGAUGAAAGCCGAGGUGAAACAGUGGGAGGCAGCACUUAUGACUAUAGAGGCAGAGAAUGCUCGCGAUUCACCUAGGGACCAUAUCCUCGACGAACAAGGCGUGAAUGGAACACCUAGCCUACCCGACAGUAGACUACCUACCUCUCAGACUCCGACACAUGCCACCGCGACGCCUUCGGUAUUUCCUCCUUCUGUGCCGCCAGUUCAGGGAUCAUUAGCUGAGGUAGAGGCUAUAGAAGCUGAAAUAUAUGACGAAUAUAGCCCGGAACAGAUGGAUGAAGACGAAGAUGAGAACGCAGAGAGCGAUUACGAAGGCACUUCGUGGGUAGGGUUUAAUGACCCUGGACUUGUGAUGAAGCCUCCUCUCUAAAGAGGCCGAUGGCAUUCUUAAUUGCGGUCGGUUUUUACAACGUUGACUAGACCAGUCCUAUCCCUCAUCCGGCCAUUUCGCUUCGUGUGUUCCUCUUAAACAGCUC